AUGAUGGCAGCCGGAUGGUGUGGAAGGAUAGGAGGAAGUACGAUGCCGUGCGAGAGCUGCGCUGUGCAGUUCAGCGUCUUUAAGAGGAAGCGCGCGUGUUGUGAGUGUGACCGCUACUACUGCAGUGGCUGCCUCCGGCGCGGCGGCGGCAUGUGUGCCCCUUGUCGAAUCUUGUCCACCCGCCCUACGCGAGACACCAUCGCCAGCCUAAAAGUGCGCGACUUACAGUGCUUCCUGCAGCGACAGAACGUCUCCACAAGAGGAUGUGUUGAAAAGGAGGAAUUGGUGAGAUUGUGCGAAUCGCACGUGAACAGUACGUCAUACCGGCGUCGGGGUCAGCGCGCUGGUGCCAGCCCCUUCAGCUCCUUGAAGGGUUUCACCAAUAACAUCAACGACCUAAUCACAUCUGCUUUCGACUUGCGAAAUGGUCCUCAAGCACAGCAGGCCCCACCUCCACCGACACGUGGAUUUUCUAGCAGCUGUUUUAACUCGGCACAUGCCCACGCGUCAGCGCCGCCCCCAAACAAUGUCCCUCCUACAACAACACCGCCUCGGCCUAACCCUGACAGAUUCACCACCAGACCAGGUGGCGAGACAGACAUCCGCGUGUACGUACCGGACUCGAGCGCGUCCUUGUCGCGCAGCUCGUCGGACGAGACCGCGCGCGUCGACACCGAGGACUGCUUCGAGAUCGAAGACGUCGACGAAGCUGGAUGGGAGUUCGUCAACAGACCGGCAGAGCCACUGCCUCACGACUCGGCGGAGAUCUUGAUGACGGUGAGCCACGAGGGCGGGCCGGCGCGCGGAGCCGUCAUCGACAGCCAGCCGCGCGCCGCCUCCGAGCUCGAGCUCAACGUGCUGGACGCCGACAACACGGACACCAACACGGACUCGGCCAGCCUGCAGGACGAGCCGCUGGGGCCCACCGAGCCCCACACCACACACCACACUAGUACGCCUAAGUACAUAAGUGUAGAGCAGUUUAAAGACUCGUCAGAACUGGAACAGCUGAACGUGAAGCAGCUCAAAGAGUUGUUGACGCGCAGCCGCGUGGAGUACCGCGGCUGCCUCGAGCGGGAGGACCUGCUGCAGCGAGCCAAGACCCUGUGGAGGAACCACCAGCAGUUUAAAGAUGACGUGGAGAACAUGCCGAUCGAGGAGUGCUGCAAGAUCUGCAUGGCGGCGCCGCUGGAGUGCGUGCUGCUGGAGUGCGGCCACAUCGCGGCGUGCACGGCGUGCUCCAAGCAGCUGGCCGAGUGCCCCAUCUGCCGCCAGUACGUCGUGCGCGCCGUGCGCUUCUUCCGCUCCUGA